AUGGGUCGCCAAAAGAUCAAACUUGCAAAAAUAGAGAUUAAGAAUCACCUACAAAUUACGUUCUCGAAACGUCGAACAGGUUUUUUCAAGAAGGCUAGUGAACUUUGUACACUCUGCAGGGUUGAAAUUGCCAUUAUAAUUUUCUCUCCAGCUGGAAAAGUAUUCUCUUUCAGGGACCCUAAUGUUGAAUGCAUAAUCAAUAGGUUUUUGGUCCAAAAUCCGUCUCUAAAUCCCAGCACUGUAUUCCAUUUUCUUGAUGCUCACAGGAUUUCUUCUGUCUUGACCAAUCCAGCUGUGUUUUUCCAGACAAAUAAUGUUGGAGUUUUUGAUCAGUAUGAGACAAAACCUACACAGGCUUUCGAUAAUUCAUCUACGGCUGCUCUUAGUAGUAAUUUUGGAUAUUGUCUUGGAUUUUUCUGA